AAAACGACGACUGAAAAAACUUGUUGUUAACGCUCAAAGUGUUCUACGUUUCGUUCGAAAAAGCUCAGCUUAUCAUAGUUGGUUUUGGUUUUAUUACAUACAUUUACUAUUACUUUCUUUGCUUACAUUUAGACGUAGAAGUGAUUAAUAUCUCUAGUAAAAUGUUAUUCUUUUAUUUCCUUGGAUGACAUUUUACUAUUAACUCUAGCCUAAAAUUAAAACGUUUUUAUUAAAAAUAUUUAUGCCAAGGUCCAAUUUAAAGGGAGGCUGUAUGCAUCUAAUUUAAGCCAACCAGUGUCUAGUCUGGCGUUUGUUUUUAAUCUAGUUCUAUUUUUACAAUUAUCAAGAAAUUAAAGUUUUAUAUAUGUUGUGUCAUUUAGAAUUCAAAUGGCUGAUGUAUUGGAUACCGAAAAUAAUAAAGAAGAAUCUAUCAGCGGAACUGAUACGAGUGAUAAAGAUAAUUAUUUGACUACAAAGGAAAUAAGCCUAAUGAAGGGAAUGGAAGGAUUUUGGAAAGAGGCUGAGAAUACCAAUGAAAGGGAGGAAGAAGGUGAUGAUGAUUUUAAGACAGAUGAUGAUGAUUCUAAGAAUUAUGAUGUGGAUCAGGAAGAUAUCAACUCUUACUGUAAUAAUCAAGCUCUUCUUACCCUGGAAGAAUUAGCUAAUAGUUAUUAUCUGCAUAACAGGCAAAUGGCAGCCAGAAAAAUUUUGGAAUCCCUACAGCAAGCUGGUUCUGAUGAAAAAGAAUUACAAUCUGUCAUUUCAGUCAUGUGUAAACUGAGUGAAGAUGAAGAAGCGAUGGUGCAAUUUGAACUGAUGCAACACAUUCCUUCCAUCGCAUCCUAUUGUCAAAGCGAGCCAAAUCUUCGCAUCGUCAUUCGGCAGCAGUUGAUGCCUUAUACCGUGAAGUUGUUGACUGAUAUUCAAUUGAUGAUACGGAGGGCUGGCCAAUCUGCAUUGUUAGUGCUGCUUGAAAAAAAUUUAAUUGAACAGUCUCAACUGGUGGAGUGGAUCUGCCCUUUGGUGGCUCAAUUGGUCUCGUGCGAAAUUAACUUGGAAGAACUCAGGAUAGAAGAUGUUUCACUGAUGAGCAAGAUGAUACCAUUAGUUGGAAAAGAAAUUACUGUGAAAUUUUUUCUAGAACCAUUCGUCCAUCUUUGUUGUGAUCCACUAUUUGGCAUUCGCAAGAUUUGUGCUGCAGGCUUUGGAACCCUCUGCAAAGUUGUGGGUGUCGAUUCUACUGAAUUAUCUUUGCUUCCAUCCUUUCUGAAUUUGUGUAAUGACAUAAAGUGGGGUGUCAGAAAAGCCUGCGCUGAUGUAUUUGUGGAUGUUGCGAAUUCUGUAAAGCCAGAUACCAGGAAGGAGGUUUUGCCUCAUAUAUUUCUCAAUCUCUUGACUGAUAACUCUUGUUACGUAAAGUUUGGCGCCUAUCAGAAUUUAGGAGCUUUCAUCUAUUCAUUUGCUGACCCCAGUAAAACUGGAUGCGUAUUAGAGGACGGCCGACUCAACGUGACACCGACCUACGAUGCAGACUUCAACCCUCCCCCCUUUUCGCACAGUUAUUUUCAGAAGAGAAAACCUGGUCGGAGAAACUUUUCUAUCGAUCACUCUCCACACGCCCAUCGCAAGUCUCUGGACGUCGCCUCCAGAAGGGGGCACGUUUACCUUCACGUGGACAACGAAAAUCUGUUUAAUAAUUUUCAGUUUUGGCGUUUGCCAUUACCUGAACUUGAGUUAGACAUUGAUAUUGAGGAUGGUAAAGCUACGAAUAUUCAUGUUCGGGCAACCAUUCCUGGAAGUGAACAUGUGGCGGAACCUGUUUCUGAAAUUAAAGUACGCAUCGAGUCAGACCAGCUGCCAAGUGAGACCAGUGCUUCUAAAGUGGGUGGUGUGAAGCAGAUGCUUGUUCAAACAGCUUGCAUCAACACUUUAGCAUCUCAAGAUCAGUUACUUGACGAUGAUACAGAAAUGCUGCGAUCCUCCUUCAAAGAAUCUGUCUUAACCUUCAAGUUGGAUGAUACGGAUGAAGAUGUAGAACCUGUUAAAUGUACAAUUCCAAUGUACAGUACCAAUACUGAAUCUUUAAUGAAAGAGAAGAGUAAACGGAAUUAUCAGAUUAUGUCACCAGAAGAUCAGGAUAUUGUCCCACCUAUCUUGUUAUCUUCCUUUGUAUCCGUUGUGAGCAACUCAACAUUUGAAAUGGGCAACAUGGAAAUGAGUUCAGGUGAUGAUGAAACACUUGGAUAUAUUGCUUACAGUUUCCCCGCCGUGGCCUUAACUCUGGGGAGGAGGUAUUGGCCUUGCAUUAAGAAAACAUGCCAUAUGCUUGCACGCAAUAUGAAGCAUCUCAACCCACAGGAUAGGAAGCAAUUUUUACCUCUGUUUGAAGAAUUCACAAAAGUUGAUAACGAUAGAAAUUGGAGGUUUCGAUUUGCUGUCGCCGAGCAACUGCGGAAGACGUCGGAUUUAUACGAUGCUUUGGAGAUUAAAAACUAUUUUUUACCUGUUGCCUCUACAUUAUUACAUGAUAAAGUUUCAACAGUUAGACUGGCAGCUGUUAAAUUGUUACAUCUCACUCUGUCAGGAGAUUGUUGUGGAGGAAUCCAUGGACAUUGCAGAUUUCAUUGAUAAAGUUGCACCUAAACUCUUCUCUUUGGGUUAUGAUAAAGUGCCAAAUGUCAGACUGUCUCUUGCAAGGUGCAUUACAUCUACGUUGCUCACAAACGGUAAUUUCACAACAAGCCUUCUUUGUGCACCAGCUUUAGAGAACUUUCGUCAAGUUUUGGAUUCACUCAAUUCAGAUGUUGAUAGAGAUGUGAGAGAUGUUGCAAAAAAUAUUGAUAUUAGGAUAUUAUUACACCAAGGAGAUUAAAAAAGAAGCAUUUUGUUUGAAGUCACUCGUGUAAAGCCAAAAUAUCUAUUUUUAGAGAGCAAAUCAAACAAUAAUUUAAAAUUUUGUUUAAAUAAAAUAAGUUUAUUUUUUGUUUUUGUUGCUUAUACAUUUCUUUUUUAAUCCAGACAUUUCCACAUGUACUUAGAUGUUAAUCUCUAUUUCAAUUGUUAUUCAAAUGGUUGCUUAUCUCUGACGUUAAAUAUCAAGAUAUGGCAUGUGUUAGGUUUUGAUUUUUGAUGGCAGAAGCUCUUGAGUGGAAAAAUUGUUGAAAAAAAAUGUAAUUACAGUUCGUAAUUCGAUGCUCCUCGUUUUCCUGUAUGUAUCAUCUUACUUUAAAUAGGUACAACCUGUAAUGAGGGUUGCAAAAAACCCACCUACCCAGUAAAACCCGAGUGGGUUUUUCUAAGAUUGAUUUCUUUUUUAUCCUCUGUUAUAUUAAAGAGCUAUUCUAUUGAAAUAUGUAUGUAGUCUAGCCUAAAAAAAAUUAACCAAUUAGUGAAAAAAUUGUGUUGGAGACUAGAGAGUCACCUUGCUGGCUGGAUUUGACUGUAUGGCCAUUGAUUAUUCAGUGCCAUAGAUUUGCCUUCUAUGCAAAUAAAAAAAUUUCGUCAAAUAUUUUUUUAAGAUUAAAAUAUAAAUAAAAAGUAAUCCUGUAUUAAAAUAGGUUUCAAAUGUGUGAUGUAUGUGAGUACAUCUAACAUUUUGUAUCCUGAUGUCAGAAAAAACUUAUUGACAGACUUUGGCAUCAGUUUAUUUGUAUUGAUUAUUAAUUACCCAUAUGUUAAGUCAAUUUAUAAAAUUAAACUUAAUUAUUAAUGUUAAAAUAAGGUACUUAUCCCUGCCCUCUCUUUUGAAAAAAAAAACCCCAUUAAAACAUGAAAAGCCCACCUGGGUUGGGUUAUUCUAGAAAAACCCGGGUUUUUUGCAACCCUGCCUGCAAUAAGUUAAAUGUACAACCUGCGGCCCGCGAGAGCUUCUAAACGCAAUAAAAAAAUGUUUCUUUUGAUUUAGUUUUUGUUUUAACAUUGUAAAUUUUCUUUUAGUAAAAUAUUUUAUUCUAAUAUAUAUUACACAAUAAAAUGCGUAUAUUUUUUGCACUCUUCAUUCUAUAAGCUUAUCUUUGGUUAGAAUUUUUAUCCCCCACUUCUAUGUAUAUAUUUGGUAAAUUAAUUAUUGUAAAAAAUGGAAAAAGUUAUUUUUUUUUAAAGCUUUAAUUAAGAAGUAAAAAUUACCAAAUAUUGUUAUUAUGAAAUGUUAAUUAAGUUUAAAGUACUUGUUGUGGUUAAUAUAUUAUGAGAAAUGUGUAUUACAUCUGUUAAAAUAAUGUUUCAGAAAUCUCAAAUUAAAAGACGGACCAUUUUAUUUAUAUUAAUCUAAAAAUAAUUUUUUGCCUGCUGUUGUUUUUGAAAAUAGAAAAAGAAAAUGAAAAAAAUAAAUGUUAUCCCUUAAAGUAUAAAUUCCUAUACAUUGCUUAGAAUUUUGUUUUGUUAAGAACUUCAGUAAUUGUUAUUUCAUUGCAAAUAAAAGUACAAUUUUAGAUUUUAAUAUUGAAUGGUUUUAUUUUUUCAUUUUUAAUUCAUUGAUAACAAAUGAUUUAAAGAAAAAAGAAUGUUUGUUUUACUCAUAUUUAAUUUUUUGAAACUGUGAUACAUAAGAUAUAUAUUUAUACACAUUUUAGCAAAUAUGAGUGGAUAAAAAAUCUUUAUCGAAAGAAUAUUAUUGUGUACAUAGAAAAAGCUUGUUAUUUGAUUGUAAAAAUAAAUUGUAUUAUUCAUUCAA